AUGUUAAAUAAUGUUUCGGGAUACAAGAAAUUGCAACCACAGUACACUGAAAGCGAGCUGCAACUGCCCGGAGUUAAAUUCGAGUCUGUGAAUAUCGACAAAUUGUACACUUACUUCGACUCCUGCGACACCCUGAUCAACAACGCCAUAACUGUGGAGAACAUGAAGAGUGGAAUGUCUCUUCGACUAAAGGCACGUCGUACUUGUCUCAACUAUCAACCGUUUAGCUACAAGAUGGCCAUCAACAGCGACAAGGAUAUGCAGGGUAUGCUCAGAAUCUAUCUUGGACCAGCCUUCGACAACGUCAAGCAGGACAUGGUCUAUCUACAGAAAUACUACAACUACUUCGUGGAAAUGGACCGAUUCGUCGUAACACUCCGUCCUGGAAGCAACAACAUCGAGCGUCACAGCUCAGAGUCUAUCUUCACGAUGCCAGACAUGAUGCCCAGCGACAUGUUAUACGAGAGAAUGAACAAAGCGAUCAGCGGAAGCGAGCCACUUAUGUACCCCGAGGGAAUGUUCGGUUUAUCCGAACGUCUCACUCUGCCACGUGGUAAACCGGAAGGUAUGAAGUUCAAGAUGUUCUUCUUCCUGAGCCCACUCGAGGAGAACAACAUGAAGAUAUACGAGCUGCCGAUGCUUGGCAAGGUGAUGUUCGACGAUAAACCGUUUGGAUUCCCCCUGGAUAGACCUAUGUGGGCAUGGAACUACACCAUUCCGAAUAUGUACUUCAAGGAUGUGCUCAUUUACAACCGCGAGAACGAGAAAGAAAGAAUGAGCUACUGA